AUGCGAGAUGAGCAAACUGGUUUUCGUCCUGGCCGAUCUACGAUUGACCAAGUGUUCUUCGUUAAAAGUGUGAUCGAAAUCUGGCAGCGGUAUUCGAAGCAAAUGCAACUAGCGUUUCUGGACUUUGAAGCCGCGUUCGACUCUCCUCACCGAGGACGUCUUCUAAACGGUCUCCGCGCCGAUGGAGUACCAGGAAAGGUGGACGGACAACCGAUAGAACUCGUCGAUGAGUUCUGUUACCUGGGCUGUACGCUGAAGAACAACGGCAGCUACGAGAGAGAUGUUCAGCAAAGGUGCGCUAAGGCCAUUUCUGCAUUUAAGUCCUCAACGAAAUGUCUGUGGUCGACCCUCAUCACCAACGAAGUCAAGCUGCGAAUCUACAUAUCCGCAAUUCGCCCCAUCAUGAUGUACGGAUCGGAGACUCGGGCUGCACCGUUUACGUUGAUGGAGAGGCUUGAUUGCACGGGAAGGAAGCUGAUUAGACCGCUGCUUAGCUACUUCUGGCCUAGUGUAUGCCACCAUGAGGAUCUUCACGUAGAAAUUGAUGUUGUAUACCGGCGGAUGACAUGUGGAAGAUAUCAACAUUUUGCGCUACCAUCGAAAGUGGUCUUCGCUUCUUUGGUCAGAUAUAUUAAAAAGACCGGCAGAUCGCCUUGUCCACCGAGUUCUGAGGAGUUUGUUGGGUUCGAGCUGGAAGAAGCCACUUGGCCAAGAGCGGAAGUUUUGGACUAA